AUGCCAUUGAUAAUAUUCACUGGUUAUCCAUCAAGUGGUAAAACAACAUGGGCUAAUAAACUAAGAGAAUAUUUGCAACAUAGAAUACAACAAGCUAAAACUGAAAAUACUAUUGGUUAUAAUUAUACAAUAUCUUAUCAUUCUGAUGAAACUUUAGGAAUCCAACAUUCUACUUAUUAUGAUUCAAAUUUAGAAAAAUUAGCAAGAGGUUCACAAAUAUCAGCUAUUAAAAGAGAUAUAUCUCGAAAUAAUAUUGUAAUAUUGGAUACUUUAUGUUAUAUUAAAGGUUUUAGAUAUCAAUUACAUUGUGAAUCAAAAGGUCAAGCUACUCCCCAAGCAGUAAUUCAUAUAAUUGCACCAAUAGAACAAUGUAUACAAUGGAAUAACUCAAAAGAGGUUAACAAAUGGGAUGAAAAUCUAAUCAAACAAUUAGAAAUGAGAUAUGAAGAACCUAAUAGUUCAAAUAGAUGGGAUUCUCCAUUAUUUGAAAUUAUAUCUGAAGAUAAUACAGAGGUGAGAGUGUUUGAUGAGAUUUGGGAUUCUAUAGUUUUGAAAAAACUGAUUAUUCCUAAUGCUGCCACUUUAGUUAAAGCUACUAGUGGGAAUACAUUCAUUCAAGAAUUGGAUAAAAAGACACAAGAUGUGAUUUUAAAAGUUAUACAACAACAACAAUUAACUACCGGGGGUGAUGUUAUUAUAGAUAAGGAAAAUAAUUGUAUUGUUAAUUUACCCUUUGAAAGUGUAAGUAUUUCUCAAUUACAAAGAAUUAGAAGAACUUAUAUAAAUUUGAAUAGAAUGAGAGCAGUUGAAACUACUAGGAUAAUACCCAUGUUUGUAGAUUAUUUGAAUAAGAGUUUGAAUAAUGAGUAA